AUGGAACAUACGCCUAGCCUGCCAUCUAAAUACAAUGAAGGAACCCUGAGGGCGAGCCUGCUUGUAGCCCUGGCCGAUAUUGAGCAUCAGUGCCCGGGAUACUAUGUAUUUAUCUGGCAGUACGAUGGGCAAACCACUCCGGAAUGCUCUCACAAGGCCGCUGCAGGCCGGUUUGAAGUGUCUGCAUCUGAAAGACUCUUUAGCAGAUCGUAUCGGUUUGAUUAUGUUCUAGUGACACAAGGGCGAAUUUUCUAUCGAGGAAAUAAAAACCGUGGAAUGCUUGUCUUUUCUCAGGGAGCGCACGUCAACGGAGACGAAAUAAUUUUCCCACCCAAUAUUGCGGUUCUCACCAAGCCCAGUGCGGGAGAUUUGGAUCCAGCUAACUGGAUGCGACAACUUCGCCAGCAGCAUCCGGGGUACCUUCAUCUGUCCGCAUUCACCAUCCCGGGGACACACAAUAGUGCGGCUGUCGUUGGACAGGUCCAGCCCCUCCCGGGGUAUGUCUUCGUCCCUGCCGUGAAGCUCUUUGCCUUGGAAAUGGCCGAAUGUCAAACCGCUUCGGUAGCCGAGCAACUGCGGAUGGGUGUGCGCUUUCUGGAUUUACGCACCUCCGGAGCGGAUCUGCGAUUGCGGCAUGGGCGAGUCGGCUUGCGGCAUGAUUUACCUCAUGUCCUCGGCGUGAUCUCCACUUUCCUCGACGAGCAUCCCGACGAGACCGUGCUGGUGAGGAUCAAACGCGACAUGCAGUCUUUGACCGGGGAUCGGCAGGAAGAGACUGAGAAGACGCGUCGCGCGGUUGAGGAUUGCCUCGGCCGCUUUGCUCGGGCUUACACCGACACGACAGAUCCCACGCUUGCCGCGUGUCGGGGCAAGAUGAUAUUGCUGGGCCAUGCCAAAGGCCAGAAGGGCAUCCCGCUGUGCUACGAUCGAGACGGUGCCCCAGGAAUACGCUGGGAUUAUUCAGACCGCGAGGUCCGCUGGCAGGCCGUGCAGCGUACACUCCAAUGGAUCGUUGGGCGUUCCGACAACCGGGAUCAUCGUUGGUAUAGCAUAGGAUGCAAUAGCUAUCACGUUCCGGGGGGGAGUUAUUGGGGUAUUUACAAAGCCCUCAUAAAUCAUAGCUUCCUCUCCCCGAAGCAACAUGCUGACUACACCAAUUGGCAUCUCAGCAAUUACCUCACCCACCAUCUCUGGGAGCGGCGACAUCGCUUGGGGGUGGUUAAAGUGGACUUUGUCUAUCCUUAUUUGACGAAGCAACUGAUCUUAACCAACUUUGAGUAG